CGUAACUGUUCUGUGUGUGUGUGAAUUGAUGGUAGUUAUUAGCUAGCUUAAUUGCUAGGAGAAAAUUAUAAAACAACUUCAAAAUAUACAUAAUUAGACAUUAAUUCUAGUUUUUGUGGAGUCUCUCUCAUUGAUCAAUAAAUCAUCAGAUGAUGAACAUGGGAAGAACAAGCGGCAGAUCUUCAUCAUCAUCGCUAUAUAUAGUGUCUUGUCUUCAAUGUUUAUGUGUGCUAAUUGGGAUUUUUGUCCUCAUCACACAUUGUGAUGCAAAAAAGUUAUCUCCAACCUCUCCCAGAGCUCCCAAUCAUUCAUCACCAAAGGCAGUGAAGAGGUUUGAUGUGUAUCUACCGUUGGAUUCAAACUCUAAAUCCUACGGCGUGAGUUCUCCUUUCAAUUUGCCACCUUACGAGUCUCUAGCUCCGAUUCCCUUGCCGGAAAACUCCCCUCCCUACUGUGUGUAUCCUCCUCCGUCCACCACCGUCCCUAGCCCCGCCGGCGGCGGCGGCGGAGGAUACAUUCCAUCCCCUCCCAUGCUACCCAGCCCACCACAAAACGUGCCUUACUUUGGCCCACCUCAAAGUGUUCCGAGCCCAACAGAGCCCAGUAUGAGCCCACCAUGGUAUUACGAGCCCAGCCCACCAACGAGCAUUAUCCCAUCACCAACCGGGUCGGGGCCGUACGUGCCCACCCCGUUCCUGCCGCCGGUGGUGUACCCGCCGCCUAGUGUGCCGCCACCGCCGUCGACUGCGGCGCCGACGGCGCUGUGGUGCGUGGCGAAGCCGGCGGUGCCGGAGCCGAUAAUACAGGAGGCGAUGAACUACGCGUGCGCAUCGGGCGCGGAAUGCGAUCAGAUUCAGCCCAGCGGGUCGUGCUUCCAGCCGGACACUCUGUUCGCGCACGCCUCCUACGCCUUUAACAGUUACUGGCAGAGGACGAAGCAGGCCGGCGGCACCUGUGAAUUCGGAGGCACCGCCAUGCUUGUCACCGUCGAUCCAAGUUACGAUGGAUGCCAUUUUACCUACGUCUGAUUUGUUUGUACGUUUGUGGCACGGGAAUGGAUCACAACCACGCAUGAGCACGUACGUACUUACUGGACAAGAUAAUGUCCUCUUUGAUCGAUAUUAACACAUCCAACGUUGUUUAUGUCAACAACAACAUUUUGUACGUCUGUUAAUUUUUCUUUUAUCAUAAAACAAUAGUUUGGUGAACCUCCACAAUGUUAUUUUUGUUGUUGCGGAUUGUUUUCUUGUUGCACUUAUAAACACUUCGGCUUUUCUUCUGAUUCACAAAUAAUAUAAUGUUAUUGGAUAAAUGAUGAUAAAAUCUUUAAUGAUGCAA